UUUUUAUAUCUUAAUACAUCUUAGGCCUUCUUUUGAUAAGAUAUAGCUCUUGAAAAUUAGGACCCUCUCUUUAAUUUUGCUUUAACUACAAUGCCAAAAGAUUCUUCUUCAUUGUGAAAGGGUGAAAUCAACAGGGAGUCACAGACUUAAGUUUACGUGAACGGAGAUGGUGGCGCAGGGAUUUACUGUUGACUUAAACAAACCCCUUGUUUUCCAGGUCGGCCAUCUUGGUGAAGAUUAUCAGGAGUGGAUUCACCAGCCAAUUGUAUGCAAAGAAAGCCCUCGAUUUUUUGGAAAUGACGUCGUGGAGUUUUUGACGAAGAAUAAAUGGUGGUACAUUCCUGUUAUUUGGCUCCCGGUAGUCGGUUGGUUUCUCUCAAUGUCCAUUUACAUGGGUCGUACAAUUCUUGAUGUGGCAUUAUGGGUAGCAUUUGGCAUUUUUACCUGGACAUUGAUGGAAUAUUCGCUACAUCGAUUCCUUUUCCACAUUGAGACGAAGAGUUAUUUGGGUAACACACUUCAUUAUCUACUGCACGGCUGUCAUCAUAAGCACCCUAUGGAUGGUCUGCGCCUCGUUUUCCCACCUGCUGCCACUGCAGUUCUUUUAUAUCCAUUAUGGAACUUAGUUAAAUUGUUGGCUACUCCCACCACUGCUCCUGCUUUAUUUGCUGGUGGACUUCUGGGAUACGUGAUGUAUGAUGUUACUCAUUACUACGUGCACCACGGGCAGCCCACCAGUGAAUAUCCAAAAAACCUCAAGAAAUAUCAUCUAAACCACCACUUUCGCAUCCAGGAUAAGGGUUAUGGCAUUACUUCCUCGUUCUGGGACAAGGUCUUUGGAACUCUACCCCCAUCAAAAGUCGAAGGGAAGAGUAGAUAAUUUUUUGUUUUAGAUUCUUUCUUUAGUCAUAUUAGCUACCAAAAAUGCCUUCUAAAAAAAAGAGCUUUUUGCAUCCACAGUUUGGUUCGUCCAGCUUUAAAAUGUACGUCGUGCCUCCUUAGCAACUUGUGUGUCCAACUGUAUAAAUUGUUAUGGAUUUUGUGUUUAGAUGGAGUUCCCCCUUCUUAGCUAACUUGUUUAGGAACUGGUAUUAUCAAUAUGUACAUUUUUUUUCAAUCUAUUCAAUUUCAAGUUUUUAUUGCAAA